UAUUCCUUCCUUCCUUCCUUCCUUCUCAACAAUAAUAUAAUAUUAUUAUUAUUCAAAAUCAAAAUGUUGGCAAUCUUCCACAAAGCAUUCGCACACCCACCAGAAGAACUCAAAAGCCCAGCAAAACACAAAACCCAGCCCAAACUCCCUGAAGAAACACUACAAGAAUUCUUGUCCGUACACCCCACUAACACCUUCUCCAUGACGUUCGGUGAUGCCGCCGUACUUGCUUACGUUAAACCCAACUUGAAUUACUCAGUAAAUCAAAGGUUGUUCACUUCUUUUGAUGAUAUUUACUGUUUGUUCAUGGGGAGCUUGAACAACCUGUGUUCUCAGAUUAAGCAGUACGGGCUGUCCAAGAACACCAACGAGGCCAUGUUCGUGAUUGAAGCCUACCGCACCUUGCGCGACCGCGGGCCCUACCCCGCGGAUCAGGUUAUCAAGGAUCUUGAAGGGAGUUUUGCGUUUGUCGUUUAUGAUAGCAAGACCGGCACUGUUUUCACCGCCCUGGGUUCGGAUGGUGGAGUGAAGUUGUAUUGGGGUAUAGCAGCUGAUGGGUCUGUGGUAAUUUCUGAUGAUUUAGAGGUUAUAAAAGCAGGUUGUGCUAAAUCAUUUGCACCGUUUCCUAAAGGGUGUAUGUUCCAUAGUGAAGGUGGUUUAAUGAGUUUUGAGCAUCCAAUGAACAAGCUUAAGGCAAUGCCAAGGGUGGAUAGUGAAGGGGUGAUGUGUGGGUCCAAUUUCAAAGUGGACACUUACUCAAGGGUCAACUCUAUCCCUCGUAGGGGCAGUGAAGCCAAUUGGACCCAGUGGGAUGAUCAUUAUGCAUCUUAAUUCUUCUUGAAUCUUGAUCAGCUUCCAACAUCCCUUUUUUUUUUUACUUUAAAAGUUUGUUUGUUUGCUUUUCUAUUUUGUUAUUUUGGAUUUCCUGAAUGUAAAUAUUUGAUUUUGUUUGAGAAUAAUAAUUAUGAUGGUUUCUAGUGU